AUGAACACCAGACUUGUCACUUAUACUCAUACAGUGAACAUGAACACCAGACUUGUCACUAAUACUCACACAGUGAACAUGAACACCAGACUUGUCACUUAUACUCAUACAGUGAACAUGAACACCAGACUUGUCACUGAUACUCAUACAGUGAACAUGAACACCAGACUUGUCACUGAUACUCAUACAGUGAACAUGAACACCAGACUUGUCACUGACACACAUUCAGUGAACAUGAACACCAGACUUGUCACUAAUACUCAUACAGUGAACAUGAACACCAGAAUUGUCACUAAUACUCAUACAGUUAACGUGAAAAAGGUGAUUUUGGAUAAAAGUAAAUCCAACGUUACUAAAACAACAUUUAAGGGUCAACAUAAUCAUGGUUCCUUCGAUAUAGAUAAAACAACCGAAAUUGAUAGGAUAAAUGAGCCAUUGAACAAAAUUCCAGGAGUUCUUAAGGAGAUAGCAUCAACUGAUUGUCUUCGUCUUGCUGGCUUUUUUGGACUGUACCCAAGUGUGUAUGAACUUGUCAGAGAGGUGCUACAAAAUAUUCGUGACAAAAAGGAUGGUUGGAACAACUGUAUAGCAGGAGGAUUAGCAGGACUAACCAUUAUCAUAGAAGAUCCUACCAGACGACAAGUGGUUACGUUGUUUGCCAUUGCAAGAGCAUUUGGCGCCUUGAUAUCUACACUUGUUGUUCGUGGCAAGAUUCCGUACAUUGAAUACAGCGAGACUCUUCUUUUCUGUCUCUGCUGUGGAUUCCUCGUGUAUGCAGUGGCGUUAAAUCCAAGACUCUUAUUUACAGGGUAUUACUAUUCAGUAUUGAAAUGGUCUCGUGACUAUACUGACCAGAAAUUGAACACUCUUUUCCGCAAUCCAGGAGACAAAUUUCUCACAUGCAGUGAGGUUGGAUUACAUAAAGACUCUUGUACGAAGCAUGCGAUGAAAGAUUUCUUUCAGAGCAUUCCAGCAUUUGCAAAAUUAUAUUUUCCCAUCCACUUGACGCCAGUGGUGAUAUUUAGAAGAAAACUAUUACUGGAAAGACCCAGAAGAGUAUUGAAGUCAUUGUUGAAGAAUACGGUGUUCUCGACUGCUUUCCUAGCAGCUAUGGUGAUGCUGGCAAAGUAUGUCAUAUGUCUUCUAAGAAACUUCCAUCAGCGACCACCACCAUUACAGACCCACGUGCCUGUUGUUGCUGGUCUGGUCUGUGGACUAAGUGUACUGUUUGAGAGAGCUAACAGAAGGAAAGAGCUGUCACUGUUUCUGAUUCCUCAUACGUUAUAUGCUUUAUAUCAGUGGGGUCUGCAAAGGAAACUCAUAAAGCAUAUACGUUACAGUUCCGUGGCACUUUUCAGUUUGUCCAUGAUUUCUGUUAUGCAUGCGUACGAGCGAGAACAAGACUCUCUUUCGAUGCUUUUUAACGGACUUCUGAGAUACUUCGUUGGUGAAAGGAACAAUCUUAUUGAACGGCCAAGAAGAACAAGAAACUUCAGUGAAAUGAUUGGUUAAUUUUUCAUAUCGGUAUCUAAACUUAACAAAAUAAUAUAUUGUAGCACUAACAUGUCUUGAUCUAAAAUAGAAUUCAACAAACAAAUAACUAAUUAUGCCACUAACUAGUUUAGGAAAUGGGUUUAAGAGAACAAAGAAGUAUGAUUAAGUUUAAAUAUGGGAAACUGAUUGGUAUAUUUGAUAGUCAAUGGUCUGCACCGCAACCAAAUAUACCCUUAGUUUCCCGAAACACAUAUUAUUACCAUAUUCAAAUUUGGUAUUAAACGUCUCUGCUGACUGCUGUUUUUAAAUAAGUAUUUUUUUUUAUCGAAAAUUUCUCUUGAGACAACAGGGUAAGUUAAAAUUAUAAAUAUGUUUAAUCAAAUGAGACCGAAGUAGCUGAAGGUUUUCGGUUAAAAAAUUCAUCUCGUUUCGAUCACUGUAUGAGGAGAGCAAUGUUGCCAACAGACUCAUUUCCUAGUUCUAAGUGACUACUUUGCUUCUUUUUUCCUUGAAAGAUGUGGCCAUGUUUUUAAAUGACAGAAAAAGGGUUUAAUCACCUUUUCAUUUUGUUUCUGUAAAAAUGCCCGAUCCGUCUGAACAAGGACUAUACAAAUCCUUGGUCUGAAUUCAACUAAACAGGCAUAUGAAAUGUGGCACAAUUAAUUGGCAUGUGUUGAUCGCCAACAGAAAUUGUUCGAUUUUCAAUCUCUUCUCUUCACGAGUAGGAGUUCUGUACAAAGAUGCCACAUUUGGUGUUAAUAAGUUGGCAUGUGUAGUAACAGAGACAUACUAAUUAUAUAUUACUUAGUAUACUUUAUUUGGUAGUGGCCAUGGUGCCACAUACUUUGUUUCAGUCAAAUUAUCAGAGUUACUUUUCUUUGACUGGUAAAAUGAAUUAUAAGACAUUUCAACGAGUUAUGUCUAUCUGUUGAUUGUUGUCUCUGUUUUUAAAUCCUAAAAAAAAGCUGAUUGAAAAGCGUAUACAGCUUAUUUAACCAUAUUUCACGUUAUUCCCGAAGUUUUUAAUAUAUUUUAUAGAUUAUGAUAUUGGUGAAUAAACAAAAGAGAUUUUUUGACAGAAAUGAGUUAUAGGAUACUUGAGCACUCUUGUUUUUCUAUGUAUUGUAUUUUGGAGUUACUUUAUGCUUUACUGAGUGAAGAUCAA